AUGUCAUCCGCCUUCGACGUCCAGUUGGACCGCGGCGAAGGCCCAUCCUCGCCCUCGCUGCAGGCGCACGUUCGCAUCCGCCCCACUACGAUCCGUUUCACCGAGACCGACAUCCCCGACGUUCAGCUGCACCUCCACUCGCUCGUCUCCCUCCGCCCGAGCCCCAACUCGACUCUAUUCGACUACGAUGCGGAGACCUCACCAUCGGACGACGUGCAGCUCGCAGAGGAGGUGUGCGACUCACUCACCGCCGCCGGCCUGGUGGGCGACGAGACGGUGCGCAGUCUCACGGCUCGCCUAGGCGAGUGGAUGGAAAGUGUGCGCGGCCGACGGGUGAGGCUGAUUCAUUCCGGAAGAGUCCUAAAGGAUGGAGUGCGGGUGGUUGGCUGGCUGGACGAGGUCGAGCGGCGCAGGACCCAAUCUGUUGCGCUCGAGGGGCAGGACCUCGAGGAUGAGGAGGUGGAGGGGGUGGAGAGGAGGACAAUGACGAUACGGGAGUUCGUAGAGUAUCUCACCACUCUCUCGCACCCCACCGGCGACGGUGAAGCAACGAAGAGCGGUGCGGGGAAAGGAAAAGCGAGGGAGCCGGUGUACUACUCGACUCUCGUCACGGUCAUCCUACGCACCGCGCCGGUGGUGUACAUCCAGUGCUCCGUCGGUGCCCCCACGACCACACCGCUGAUCGACACCUCCAGCCCGUCCGACGACCCGACCGAAAGUGCGCGCAAUCGAGGCUUCAACCGUCUCCUGGAAGCCGGGCUCUCCCCGUCGGAAAUCGCCUCGAUCCGAUCGCAAUUUCGAUCCACCCAGACGUUGCCCGAGUACGACGCGCUGCGUGCCGACGAGCACGACGCCCACCUGCUCGAGCUGGAAGAGUCGUGGAUGGACGGCUUCCACGCUCCUUCGUCGGAACCAGCGGAGGGGUCAGGUGUGUACACGACCCUGCUGCAGGGGCUGAUGGUGGGGUUCUUCGCCCCACCGCUAGCGCCGCUUUUCGCGUUUCGGGACAAGGCCAAUCCGAGUUCGCUAGGCGGGUUGGACGCAGGUGAGGAGGGCGAAGGGGAUGACGAGCAGCAGUGGGAGCAAGAGAGGGUCGAGCAGGGGCAGGGUGUAUGGAGCAGCGCUAUGCAGGUUUCCAUUGUGAUGGGGCUGGUGGCGAAUGUCAUCAUGGCGGUGUUCAGGGUCGUAUGGUAG